AGUGCGGGCAGGUGUGAUUUGAGUGAGGAGCGGGGUCCUGCUGCAGCGACGCACAGAGGCGGCGGUUCCCGCGCUAGAUAUCAGCUACUAACCAUGUCAACAGAGCUCCAGGAUGCUCACCUUGCAGAGGUGAAACCUCUGGUAGAGAAAGAUGAGGCAAUCACUCGCCUUCUUCCAGAUUUUGAUGUUCAGGAGCAGGAUGUUGAGACUCUGCAUGGCUCUGUCCAUGUUACCACGUAUGGGACUCCCAAAGGAAACAGGCCUGCCAUCCUAACAUACCAUGAUAUUGGACUGAAUCACAAAACUUGCUUCAACCCCCUCUUCAACUUUGAAGAUAUGCAGGAAAUAACACAACACUUUGCAGUCUGUCAUGUGGAUGCACCAGGACAACAAGAUGGAGCAGCAUCUUUCCCAGCUGGAUACAUGUAUCCCUCUAUGGAUCAGCUGGCAGAAAUGCUCCCUGGGAUCCUAAAACAGUUUGGACUGAAAAGUGUUAUUGGAAUGGGAACUGGAGCUGGUGCCUACAUCUUAACUAGGUUUGCUCUGAACAAUCCAGAACUGGUGGAAGGACUAGUUCUCAUCAAUAUAAACCCUUGUGCUGAAGGAUGGAUGGACUGGGCAGCCACUAAGAUUUCAGGAUGGGCUCAUGCGCUUCCAGAUAUGGUCAUUUCACAUCUUUUUGGAAAGGAAGAGAUUCAUAACAACCAUGAUCUGAUCCAUACUUAUCGCCAACAUAUUGUCAAUGAUAUGAAUCAAACCAAUCUUCAUCUCUUUGUCAACUCGUACAACAGUCGAAGAGAUCUUGAGAUUGAGCGUCCUAUGCCUGGAGCAAAUGUUGUUACUCUACAAUGCCCUUCACUGUUGGUGGUUGGUGACAGUUCUCCUGCUGUUGAUGCUGUGGUAGAGUGCAACUCUAAACUGGACCCAACAAAGACCACACUCCUAAAGAUGGCAGACUCUGGUGGUCUCCCUCAAGUUUCCCAGCCUGCAAAGCUUGCAGAAGCUUUCAAAUACUUCGUUCAGGGAAUGGGAUAUAUGCCUUCAGCUAGUAUGACCAGGCUUAUGAGAUCCCGUACAGCAUCUGGUUCCAGCGUCACAUCUUUGGAGGGACAGAGAAGCAGAUCCCACACUGGAGAAGGAACAAGAAGCAGGUCCCAUACCGGUGAGGGUGACAGGAACAGAUCCCAUACUGGUGAUGGGUCCAGUAGCCGCGCGCACACAGACACACGCGUUGAGCUCACUCCUAACUCUGCAAGCAAUGCUGAACAAACUAGCCCCAAAUCCAUGGAAGUUUCCUGUUAAAUACCUUU